UGAAUUUUGUGAAACAGGUUAUCCACUAUUCAAUAAUCUGUAGAAAUUCUUUAAAUAAUAAAAUAAUAAGGUUGUUUGCCUGAAAAUACCCUCAUCACUUAUAUUUUACUAAUUGGUCGAACAUUAAAGUACUUAAAUUCAAAAAGUAAACCUUUACUUCUUGAUAUUUAGAGAUUAUAUUAAGCCAUCCAAUAUCCUAAUCCAUGAUGGAGAAGUUAGACUGGCUGAUUGGCUAAGCAAACAUUAAGACAAAGAUGGAAUUUCAGAUUGGAUUUAUUGCAUAAAUCUCCAGAAUCGCUGCCAAAAAUGAAUACAAUUAUAAACAGACCUAUGGUCCCUUGGUACUCUGCUUUUUCGAAAUGAUUAUUGGUAUCCACUCAUAUAUUCCAUGGAAAUUGUACCCUUUAUUUAAUAGAAAUAGAUUUAAUUAGAAAAUCGCAAAAAUAUCUAAAGGAUUAUACCUUGAUGUUUAAACAUCGACUCUUAAUUGAUGCUAUUAGAAAUUUGUUAGCCUACAAACCUGCUUAUAGAUGUAAUAUUUAACAAAUAAAAAUCCACUCUGUUUUACAUUCAACUAUGGAUUCUUAACAAUUAGAAAUUGAGCAUACUAUGACAUUUUUGUACUUUUUAAAUCAACCGUAAGACUUAAAAAUAAUUAGAAAAAUAGAGAAUUUGGAGAUAAUAGCUUUCAUGCUUAAAAAUGGGACAUUACUCCUGAUAAAAGAAAAUAAGCCAGGCCUAAAUUAAAGUAAAGAAAUUAGAAGUAAAGUCACCGCUUUAUAUUUUAUUAAAAUAUUAAAUAUUUAGUAAUUUAUAGAAAUUUAAUAAAAAUAUUAUACUUUCAUCAAAAAAAACAUAAUUAAUAUACUACUUUAAUUUUUAUUAAAAGGUCCAGAAAGGAUUCAAUUUCCAUAACAUCCAUGUAAUUCUUUGAUAGUGCUGCUAAUAAUUUGUUUUGUAUAUUUAUCCUAUAAUCAUUACGAAUCAAGCUAUGCAAAAGAUUAUGCGAGUGUCACUAUUAGAAUUUAAGUUAACACAAAUCUUUAUCUAAUUUGCUUUUUCUUAAUUGAAAUGUAAAAGUUACUUUUAAGUUACGUAUAAAUCUAAAAAUAAAGUAAUAGAAAUUCAAUAAUAUUUCAAAAAAAGAAUAUGAGUUGUGAAAUAGAGUAAGAGGAAGAUUUGUAUGGGAUUUUGGCUUUAGUUAAAGAUGUUGAUGAAGUAUUCUUCCCUAUCAUAACUAAAAUAUUAAAAAGAAAGAAAAUUUAAGACUGUCUCGAAUUUCUUUAAUCAGACCAAUGUUUUGUAACUAUAGAAAAAUUAAAGUUAGAAAAUUUAUCUCUGACUGAUAAAGAAUUCAUUGUUGAAAAGAAGGAUAUUAGGAGAAUAAUUGAUGUGCUCAAAAAAAUUAUGGUUCAUUAAUUUAAUAAGCAAAAUUACCCGAUAGAUGAAGAAAAAAAUUAAGAAAGAUUUGAUCAUAAAAAUAUCAAGUGA